CCCACAGCCUAAUUGUCAAGAAAAAGGCUUUUCCUUUUUCUUCUCCCCCUCUCGGAUCACUCUGUGAGCUCAGGCGGACGCAGAAGUAUACAGACGUCGUUUCUUCGUGAGCUCAAAUUCUUCGUAACCGUUACUUUCCCAGAGAACUGUAAAACAGAAAGAGAGAGAGAGAGAGAGAGAGAGGGGAAGAAGACAUUGCUUCCCGCGUUUUCCAUCCUCCGGCCGGCCGCCACCACCUAUUUCUUCACAUUUAUUUAUGAUGCGUGCAAGCCAUUCUCAAUCAACGUCCUAUCUUUAUCUGUUUCUUAAGGGUUUUUAAAGUUUUAACCCUCUGUAAGCUUCCACAUUUCCCAUUCUACAAAACAUCUUUGCUUCUCUCUGUAUCCAUUUUAUAAAACUUCGUUUGCUUCUUAAAUCCUGUAGCUUUGAUCAAGACUUGGAAACUAAAGUUUCUGGGAAGCGUUCCUUUUGGUCGAUUGGUGGGAGAAAUUUGGGCUCUGUGUGAUCUCGGAUUCUAAUUUUAUUUCAAGUUUGAAACGAUUAUUGGGUUGAAGAGGUUCUGAGUAUUGCAUCGAUGGGAGUACCAUUCAGCAAGAGGACCGGAGAGGCUCCUCCUGUCCUUCAUCUCGAUACUAAUUUGCAGUACACGGCCGAGCUGAGCUCAUAUGAAGCAGAAUGCAGACUCGAUCCGGAUUUGCAGUCAUUCGAUUCCAUCCUGCAGGCCAGGACGAACCGUGUCAUAAACACAGUCGCCUCCGGGGUGGAGGUUCGAGCACUCUCCUUUGAAACACUGACAGAAGUUACAGGAAGCCUCCUUGAGAUGAACCAGGAAGUUGUCAAUGUCAUCUUAGAUUGUAAGAAAGAUAUAUGGAAUAACCAAGAACUCUUCGGACUUGUCGAGGAUUACUUUGAGAACAGUCUGCAAACCUUAGAUUUCUGCACGUCCUUGGAGAAGUGCCUAAAAAAAGCCCGUGACAGCCAAUUGAUCCUUCAUGUUGCAUUACAACAAUUCGAAAAGGAGGAUGGGGUAGGUGACAAGAAGUAUUUGGCGACGAUGGAGGAACUGAAAAAUUUCAAGGCUGCUGGGAACCCAUUCAUGGAGGAUUUCAUCCAGGAAUUCCACACGGUCUACAGGCAUCAGGUGUUGAUGUUAAAGAAGUUGCAGAUCCGAAAGGACAAACUUGAUAAGAAGCUGACAUCUGUAAAGGCAUAUAGGAAAGUUUCAAGCAUUAUCUUUGCUGCAACUUUUGCUGCCCUCCUUAUUUGUUCAGUAGUGGCUGCUGCAAUGGCAGCACCUCCAGUUGCUGCUGCCAUGGCAGCAGCGACUUCAAUCCCUAUAGGAGCAAUGGGGAAGUGGUUUAAUUCGCUGUGGCAGGGCUAUGAGAAUGCAGUAAAAGGACAGAAGGAAGUAAUUAGCACAAUGCAGGUUGGCACUUAUGUUGCAAUCAAGGACUUGGAGAGUAUCCGGGUUCUGGUUGAGCGCUUAGAAAUAGAGAUCCACACUCUGAUGGAGAAUGCUGAUUUUGCGCUCAGGGAAGGGGAGGCAGUGAAGAUUGGAGUGGAGGAGAUCAAGAGGAAGUUGGAGGGAUUUAUGAAAUGCAUUGAGGAUUUGAGUGAACAAGCUGACAGGUGCAGCCGGGAUGUACGCAGGGCAAGGACGGUUGUUCUUCAGAAGAUAAUUAAACAUCCCAACAACUGAAAAAAAUGUGUCGGUUUCUACUAUUAUGGCUACUUUGGUGUUGCUAUUAUGUAUUCUUUGAUUUGGUGGUGUUGUUCUAUAUUCAAGGGGUGAUUUAAAAUCUUCUGUGGACUCGGUGAAUAUGCCAAUUACUGCUAUAAGCUUAGUGGUGCAUCCAAUUAUCUUCUAUGGCCACAAGUUGUAAAGGUAUAUAUCAACGCAAAGGGAAAAUUAAAAAAAAAUUGAUGCCUGAACCCCCUACUGACUCCAAAGAUUAUGAGGAGUGAAUGCGUGAGAAUUAUACUCUACUUGUGUAGAUGUGGAAUGGUAUGGAUCCAACUCUUGCUACAAUGUUAUGUAUAUCAUACUACAACCAAAGUUGUGUUGGGUGAUCUGAAAGAAAGUUUUUCCCAAUAUUUAUCAGCCUCUCACCACUGACUUGGACUUCUUGAUGACUCAACGUGCAUAUUGAAGUUGAUUGCCAUUUUGUUUGAGAUAUUGUGAUGAGGAAGGUAAUCUCCUCUUUGUUUGUUAGCUCUGGUCAACAGCUUGGUGAUUUGUUUACUAAAGCCUUGUUUAAAAAUGUGUUUCUUCAAGGAUGUUCCAGGCUGGACAUGUGUGAUAUUUAUGUUCCAGCUUGAGGGGGAGUAUUAAUAGUUAGUAGCAUAGGGUAUACUAAAGCCUUGUUUAAAAAUGUGUUUCUUCAAGGACGUUCCAAGCUGGACAUGUGUGAUAUUUAUGUUCCAGCUUGAGGGGGAGUAUUAAUAGUUAGUAGCGUUGGGGUAUACUUGUAAUAUUUUAUUUUAUUAGGGUCUUAUGUGUCUUAUAUGUGUGUUAUGUAAUAAGGGCAUACUUAUAAUUCUUUACACUUCUAAUUAUAAAUAUACUGUACUACUACCAAUUGGGAGGUUAAGCUAUUCUCUCCAAUCAGUAGAGUUUGAAACCUUCCUUGGCAGGGAGAAACUCCGUCUCUUAGGGUCUUCAUCUGGACAUACAGUACCCAUGACAUCUAAAACCAUGUUGCCGUUGCUGUGGUUAACUGAUUAUGAACUGCUUCCCAGUGAACCCCGUUGCUAUAUUAGCAUGUACAAUUAACAAGAUUCCAUAGCCUCCAGGGACUGGGAUAGCCAUUAAACAGAUUACAAGCUUCUAACCAUCUGAAACUUUCCCUUGACCUGAAGCUAGGAAAAUUUAUAGUGAAUUGCAAGAUAUUUUAUGGCAGGCUAGCCCCUCAGCCUCCAUUAUUGUUACUCAUAUCUAAUUUUGAUUAACCUGAAGCUUAAAGCAACCUGAGUCAUUCUAAUGAUUUACUGGGAACUUCAGUUUGCUUAUUUUACUGCUGAAGUCUAGUUCAUUUUGCAGGGGAAACUUGGUUCAGAGUGAGGAAAUAGCUGUUCAUUUCUUUCUUUGUCGCUUGGUCCUUAUUUUUUGGUUAUACCCACUUCUUGCUUCGUUCUUCACUUCUCUGUCUGUUAAUUAUGGUUGAGUUUCAUAUGGCCAACUGGAAGGUAUAUGCACCAAUGAUCUAUUGGGAUUGUGGUUUGGUUUGUCACUGAUUGUAGAUUGG